AUGACUGGAAAAUGUGGAAAGUGCUCAAAGCAACUUCCAAGAAAACAAUUUUUAAUAUGUACCUCAUGCAAUACCAGUUACGAUAUCGAUUGUGCAGGAGCUGAAAAGAGAUUUUUCCUUAUGAAUGACGAACAUAAAAGGCGCUGGAAAUGCGUUUCUUGUUGUACAAAGCCACAUUCCUCAAGUUCUGGAAUAGCCGCAUCCACUCCAUAUGAUGAGCAUGUCGCUAUAAGAAAUAAGUGCGUUGUAAAUAUCUCAACGUCAAACUCAUUUGAAUCACUGGCUGAUAAUUCCUUGGCAGAUGAGGAUGAUGCAGACAACUGUAAUACAACACUUAAUAGAAGCUGUCCAGAGUUAUCAACUAUUACGGCAUAUGAUUUGGAAGAAUUAAAACAGAAGAUAUUGAAUCUACAAUCGAGAUUGGUUAUAGCGGAAAAGGAAAUAGAAAACCUACUUCAAGAAAAUACCAACUUAACAGAUAAAAUUGCUGCAAGAGAAGCCAAAAUUAACCAAUUAAAACAAAUAUGUAGCUCGAGUAUUAAACAACGCAAGAAAAGGAAGGAAAUCUAUGAAUCAAGAUCAUCAUCGGUAGUAAAUCAAAGCUUUGAAGGAAUUAAUGCAGGGAACUCCGAAAACAAGGAAAAUCUUGCGGAAACAAACCAACCAAAGAAGAGAAACAUCUUUAUUCUAGGAGAUCAGCAAAUGCGCGGUUUGGCGAUCAAAAUACUUGAAUAUCGCUAUGGAAAAUAUAACGACGUGUAUAACGUUACCAGCAUAAUUAAAUCUCAAGCACAAAGUAGGGACAUUAUGACGAAUUUCAAUGUAAUUCCUGAGAAUAUGAAUGAAGACGAUGUAAUAAUUUUAUCUGUAGGCUCUAAUGAUAAUGAUCCAUAUCUUUUAUAUGGUAAUGUAUGCAAUUUUCUAGUUAUAUACAAGAACUAUUAUUUAAAAGCUGCACUGGAAGAAUUCAAGGAUAAAAAGUUAGACAUACAAGUGUUAUGCUUGAGUGAAACGUUUAUUCAAAGCGGCGACGAAGUAAAUCUUAAAAUACCGAAUUACAAAUUAGCUGCUUACUGCUAA